AUGAAUAAAUUCGAUUACUGGGCAAGCUUUUUAGCAAAAUGUGAUAAUGAAGAUAAGGAGCUAAUCCUCAUAGGAGAUCUAAAUUGUGAUGUCAGUAAAACUAUACCUGACCCUCACACAUGUAAGUUGCAAUUUUUAUGUUCUCUGUAUCAGAUAGACCAACUUAUUAAAGAAUCUACAAGGCUAACUCCUAAAUCAGCUACACUAAUUGAUUUAAUAUUAACAACUAGACCAGAAAAUAUUUCCAGAUCAGGUGUCAUUCACCUGGGAAUUUCAGAUCACAGCCUUGUCUACGCUGUGAGAAAAUUUACACUACCGAAUGGAAGGCAAAAAAUUCGUCAGGUUCGUAACUUUAAAACCUUUGUCGAAAAUGAUUUCAUUCGGGAUGUGUCUCAAUUGCCUUGGGAGAUGGUCUAUCAGUUUGGAGAUCCCAAUUUAUGUUGGCAAGUCUGGAAAUCACUAUUAUUAGAUGCACUUAAUAGACAUGCCCCUCUGCGCCACAAGCGAAUAAGGAAUAACCCUGUCCCAUGGAUUAAUCCUCAAAUUAAAGAACUUAUGAGAAAAAGUGACUAUCACAAAAAAAAGGCCAUAAAAUAUGAUUCGGAGUCACAGUGGGAAUUGUAUAAAACACUACGUAAUGAAGUAAAUAUAAACAUGCGGAAAGCAAAAUCUAAGUACUUUUGUGAUAAAAUCCAGGCAAGCUCUCAAAUGGGAGACAGUAAAAGUGGAUGGGCUUGGAUAAAUUCGCUCUUAGGAAGAAAGCAUAAGAAUGCAAAUAUUAAUGAAAUGAAAGUAAAUGAUGAUAUUAUUUCUGAUGAUAAAUCUAUUACUGAAACAUUAAAUGAAUAUUUUAUAAAUAUUGGAAUGAAGAUGGCUGCUGAAUCAGCAUGUCAAAGCACUGAUGCUUUAAAUGAUCAAGCAAUUUAUGAAAGUACUGUGCUUCUUCCUAAAGAAAAUUUUCACUUCGCAGAUAUUACUAUAGAUAGUGUUUCCAAACGCCUACAAAAACUAAAUGUCCCAAAAGCGACAGGUAUGGAUGGAAUACCUGCGAAAAUUAUAGACCAAUUUCAAUUCUUCCCAUAAUAAGUAAAAUAUUUGAAGGGGAAGUUUUUACCCAAAUAUAUAGCUUUUUGAAUAAACAUGCGCUUCUGUCUAAAUUUCAAUCCGGGUUUAGACCAAAACAUGGAACCUUAGGUGCUCUUAUACAAAUGUGUGAUCAAUGGCUACAAGACAUGGAUGAAGGCAAAAUAAAUGGAGUUGUUUUUCCUGAUAUAUGUAAAGCAUUUGACUCGGUGAAUCACGAGAUAUUAUUGGAGAAGCUUAAAACCCAGUUUGGAAUUCACGACAUUGAAUUAAAAUGGUUCCAAUCAUACUUAAGGAAUAGAAAGCAAGUGUGUUCUGUUAAUGAUCAAACUUCUUCUGCAAGAACAAUAAUAUGCGGAAUUCCGCAAGGAUCCAUACUUGGUCCAUUAUUGUUUUUGCUAUAUAUUAAUGAUAUGCCUGAUAUUCUAGAAAGGAUAACCCCAUGUCUUUAUGCCGACGACACUCAGAUAUCUUCCUCUUCGCAUGAUUACGAUACAUUGAUUGACAAUUUGAAUAUGGACCUUUCCAGUAUUCAUAAAUGGCUUGCUAAAAACAAACUAAAAUAUCAUAGGAAAAAACAAAAGUCAUGUUUAUUGGAUCUACGCAUAAUCUAA